AUGGAGGAACUGAGCAAAGCAGUAUUAAAAACGGCUGCAGAUAUCGAAGAUUUGCAACAAGAAAAUAUUAAUUUACGUAAAUCAAACGCUGAUUUAACUGUUAAGGUUGACACAUUGGAACAGGCUACUAGGGAAAAUGUUGUCGAGAUCUAUGUCGUACCAUUUAAUGCAAAAGGAAAUUUAAUCGAUAUUUUAAGCCAGAUUUCACAGGUGAUUGGUUUUGAUUUCAAUAGAGACAUGAUAGACCACUGUUAUCGUUUCGGGGCUGUGUCAGGACGCUCGGGGGCAAUCGUGGCAAAAUUUGUCCGUAAGCUGGGUAUGGAGGGUUUUCUAGAGAAGAGACGACAGAAGAGAAACGUUAGUUCCCGGGACCUGGGUUACAUGGCAGGUGAGUCCACACCGGUGUACGUGAACGAGAGUCUUACAAAGGCGAAGAGACUGUUGCUGAAUGCGGCGCGUCAAGUGAAGGCAGAUAAACAUUACACUUUCCUGUGGGUGAAGAAUGGGCGAAUUUUUAUGCGGAAGAAUCAAGGGGAGCGUUAUUUAAUCAUCAACUGUGAAGCUGACCUUCAAAGAAUCAUUUGA